GAACCUGACAGUGCUAGCUCAUAAUGCCGUGAAAAUGUUCUUAUUAUGAUAUCCACUGACUGACGUGAUCUUAUUACCAGACUGAAAGCAAAACGGCCACGAAAGUUUACUUGGAUAUUAUCCCACAAGCACGAGCUUAUUCUGACAUUGAAAAUGACCAUCAUUGCACACCAUUACAGUGUCCCCAUUCACGUUUUCCUGGCACAGGCAACUUAUUUUACUUUUAGAUCACAUUUUGUUCUCUGGGACUGAAUGACUGAAAUCUAAAACCAAAAGUAUGAUGCACAUAAAAAUCACCUAGUCAUGGCACAUCGAGUUGCUGGUGCGUAACAGUAGGCUGAAACAUCUCAUUUGAAUAAUUUCAAUAGACCAAUUUACAACAGGAUUUCCAAGAAAAACACAUCUAACGUUUAACAAUAAAAAAAAUACUCUGAAUGGACGUCCUACAGGAUGUCACACAUGUAAAAUAAGGUCAGAGGCUGUCACCAGCCCAGCUUUAUAUUGAAAGAGGACAGCAGAGGAUGGGUUUGUUCACUGAAGAGAGACACACGCGCAGCUAGUCCUCAUAAGCUUUCAGCAAUAUGAAAAUCAAGGCACUGGCUCUUUUCAUUUCAGCAAUGAUCUGCCAGUCUACAGCUAUGAGAGCACCAUUCACUGGCAUGGAUACACCUGAACAAACAGGCACUCCAGAUUCCAAGCCCAAAAGACUUCAGCAUUACCUUUCCAUGGAACGGAGGGAAUCCGAUGAACCCAGCAUUUCGGACGACUCGAGUCUUUGCUUUUUCAUCAAAGAAAAGGAUGAAUCGAGUCACAUUUCCUGCAAACAUCGAUUAACACGCAGCAAAUUCAACUACAACCCAUUUGGGCUGCGCUUUGGCAAGCGCAACGACGCGUUAAGUGUUACGGACAGAGCCAAAUACAAGCACCUGUUGCCAAUAAUGUUUUACAUGAGCAAACAAUUAGACACUUCCUGAAAAAUCCCUCUCUUCUUCAGAUACAAGGAUGCUUGGUUGGUUCAAAACUGGGUAUUUAUUUCAGCCUGUUAUUCUGCCUUUAACUUCACAUAUGGAGGUUUAUGGACUUGUUUGCCAUUCAGUUAUUGUAUUUGUGGCAUAGACGUUUUGUAUUGUUUGAUCACAAAGGUGUUGAACAUCUAAGGUGCAUUUACUUGAAAUAAAGGUUUUUACCACAAGA